UCGAUCUGUCAGUCUCGCGGUACGCGCUGCGUUGGCGUGACGCGUGCCCAAAUGUUUUGUUGACAAAUUAUUUAUAGCUCCGAAACUUAAAACACAUGUGUAAACAGUGAUAUGUGGAAUAAUUGGAUUUGUCUUUUAUAAAAAACUCAAUUGUUUGUUACGUCACCAUGUCACAGGUACAAUAUUAAUGACUGCCAUACAGAGCACGUUAACAAGAAAAGGAGAAAGGUGACGAAUGCCCAAAAAGUAAAAACCAGUCUAAAAAAACAUACUUUCCCGUCUUGUAGGUCUCAACGUUAUGCAAUAACUUAGAAACAAUGGUUGAGAGUGAAGAUAAGAAUCCCCAAGAUGAAUCGAACAAUAAAACAAACGGAAACAACAACACAGAUAUUAACACAAUUAACUCCAUUAAAUCAGAAUCUAAAGAAAUAGUUGCGCACUAUACAAGGGACGAGUCUGAGUCACCCGUUGAAAGGGUGAAGUUCGAAGGACUUGAUGACAAUGAUAGUAUAUGUUCAGAUAGUGAUAAUGACAAACUGCCGCCGAUCCCAGACGGAGGGUGGGGAUGGGUCGUCGUGGCUUCAGCAUUCAUCGUGUCAGCGUGUGCCGAUGGCUUAGCCUUCUCCUUCGGUCUACUACACGCAGAAUUCACUACUUACUUCGAAACCACGCAAUCGAAAACCUCUCUCAUUGGCAGUCUGUUCAUUGCUACUCCGCUAUUAGCAGGACCAGUAAUGAGUGCUUUAGUAGAUAGGUAUGGAUGCCGAAUUAUGACGAUGAUCGCUGGAGUCCUCUCCACGAUCGGAUUUUUGUUAGCUGCUGUAAGUAACUCAGUGGAAAUGUUGUGUUUGACAUUUGGUUUCAUAAGUGGGUUAGCUAUGGGCAUCUUGUAUGUCACAGCUGUAGUAUCGGUCGCGUUUUGGUUUGACAGGAGAAGAAACUUAGCAGUUUCAUUAGCGUCUUGUGGAAUAGGAUUCGGUACUCUUAUUUAUUCACCAAUGACUCAUUAUUUCUUAGAAAUAUACGAUUGGAGAAAUACAAUUAUUUUAUUAGCUGGUACCUUACUUAAUAUGUGUGUAUGUGGAGCGUUAAUGAAGAAUCCUGAGUGGUUAGAAAUUAAACAAAAGCGAGAGAGAAAGCUCUCAAAGGCGAGAUCAAGGAAAUCGUCUAGCGCUGGAUCAAUUUCUUCGAGGUCAAUUGGAGGAGAAUCGGCGUAUUUAGACUCUGAUGAAUUAAAAACACUCCUCCAGAGUGGAAAGAGUCCCGAAUAUAUAUUAGCAACAUUAGCCACAAGUAUAGCGGAAGCGGAAGAACUAGAAGCAACUACGCAAAUGAAUGCAGAACAAUCAUGUAAGCGAAUGCACUCAGCCAUACAUUUGCCAACGUUCAUUCAACAGAAUGAAAAGGUCCCAACAGAAGUUUUAGAAAAGUUAAUGACGAACAAACGACUGUACAACAUAAUACUCCAAAACUACUCAGACGUGAUAACACGUCGUCAUUCAGAAACCAAUCUGAAUGUAGAAAAUACAGAAAACGUGGGCGAACCCGCAAAGCUAGCAGUAGAAGUUAAAGCAAAGAAACCUAAAGAAGGUGGCGAUGAAGUGAAGAAGGCAGAAAAAGAAGUUAAGGAUAUCAAGACUGAGGAAUCAAAGUCAAAUACUAACAUAAACUCGACCAAACCGAAGCUUGUUGCGAAGGAUUCGAAAACACCACAGCCGCAGCCACAACAGCAGCCCAGUUGGUUCAAGCAGAUCUCAACAGAUCAUCACUACUUGAAAGAUGUGCCAUUAUACAGAAACACUAUGAUGCACAGAGGUGCCAUGAUGUCCAUCACGAGAUAUAAGCUGAAGUCCUCGUCUCUACCAGAUAUUUACAGGAAUUCUACUUGGUCGCUUUACUCUGAAUCUGAUAUUGAAAUGAGAUGGUAUCACCGCAUGGGACAAGCACUGGCAUCAAUGUUCGAUUUCAAAAUGUACACGGAGUUCCAUUUCCUGAUGUUCAACCUUUCUUCCCUGAUUCUGUCCGUCUGGUUCAUCGUUCCAUACUUCUUUCUCACAUCUUAUAUGAACGAGUUGAAGAUCGAAGGUGGGCCUUUGAUGACAGCUAUCAUUGGAGUCGCCAGCAGUAUUGGGAUUGUGGCCUUAGGCUGGGCCGGAGACCAGCCAUGGGUGAACGUCACAAAGACUUACGCCGUCUGCCUGAUCAUCUGCGGCCUAUCCGUCGCUAUGUACCCUCCCUUCAUCACCAACUACUGGGCGCUGACCGUGAUCUCAGCUGUCUUCGGACUGUCCUUCGCUAGCUCCUACUCCUAUACGCCCACGAUUCUGAUGGAGCUGAUGCCGAUCGAUCACUUCACAGUGGCGUAUGGAUUGAUCCUGUUGAGUCAGGGUAUUGGACAUCUUGUUGGACCGCCGAUUGGAGGAAUGCUGUACGAUCUCACGGGGUCUUGGGACCUGACAUUCUACAUGGGAGGACUGUGGCUGGUUGUUUCAGGCCUUUUUGUGGGCGUUAUCGCAUACACGAAGGAUAUGCGUUUGUGUGGGUCGUCCCCUCUCAUGAAGGAAGCAGAAGAAGCAAGGAAUGAAAAUGAAGCUGCAGACGUAUAAGGAACUUAUGAGAUUAUGAAUAAAGAUCAUUUUUAAAUGUUAAA